CGGGAGCGGGCGGCGGCCUGGGCGCGUGGCCUGCACGAGCGGCGCGCGUGCGGGGCCGGGCGCGGGGCCUGCGGGGCGCGGCCGGAGGGGAGGCCGCGAUGGCGAACGCGAGCGAGCCGGGCGGCGUUGGCGGCGGCGGCGGGGCCGAGGCGGCCGCGCUGGGCCUCAAGCUGGCCGCGCUCAGCCUGCUGCUGUGCGUGAGCCUGGCGGGCAACGUGCUGUUCGCGCUGCUCAUCGUGCGGGAGCGCAGCCUGCACCGCGCGCCCUACUACCUGCUGCUCGACCUGUGCCUGGCCGACGGGCUGCGCGCGCUCGCCUGCCUGCCGGCCGUCAUGCUGGCCGCGCGCAGGGCCGCGGCCGCCGCGGGGGCGCCGCCGGGCGCGCUGGGCUGCAAGCUGCUCGCCUUCCUGGCCGCGCUCUUCUGCUUCCACGCCGCCUUCCUGCUGCUCGGCGUGGGCGUCACCCGCUACCUGGCCAUCGCGCACCACCGCUUCUACGCCGAGCGCCUGGCCGGCUGGCCGUGCGCCGCCAUGCUGGUGUGCGCCGCCUGGGCGCUGGCGCUGGCCGCGGCCUUCCCGCCCGUGCUGGACGGCGGCGGCGACGGCGACGAGGACGCCCCGUGCGCGCUGGAGCAGCGGCCCGACGGCGCCCCGGGCGCGCUCGGCUUCCUGCUGCUGCUGGCCGCCGUGGUGGGCGCCACGCACCUGGUCUACCUGCGCCUGCUCUUCUUCAUCCACGACCGGCGCAAGAUGCGGCCCGCGCGCCUCGUGCCCGCCGUCAGCCACGACUGGACCUUCCACGGGCCCGGCGCCACCGGCCAGGCGGCCGCCAACUGGACGGCGGGCUUCGGCCGCGGGCCCACGCCGCCCGCGCUCGUGGGCAUCCGGCCCGCGGGGCCCGGGCGCGGCGCGCGCCGCCUGCUCGUGCUGGAGGAGUUCAAGACGGAGAAGCGGCUGUGCAAGAUGUUCUACGCCGUCACGCUGCUCUUCCUGCUGCUCUGGGGGCCCUACGUGGUGGCCAGCUACCUGCGCGUCCUGGUGCGGCCCGGCGCCGUGCCCCAGGCCUACCUGACGGCCUCCGUGUGGCUGACCUUCGCGCAGGCCGGCAUCAACCCCGUCGUGUGCUUCCUCUUCAACCGGGAGCUGAGGGGCUGCUUCAGGGCGCAGUUCCCCUGCUGCCAGGGCCCGCGGACCGCCCCGGCCACCCAGCCCUGCGACCUGAAAGGCCUCGGCCUCUGAGCGCCCCGGCCUAGCGCCGCCACCUCCCGCGCGCGGCCUGGCCCUGCGGCCUGGACAGUCAGUGACGCCGCCGGUUCCUGCCCUUCCGCCCCCCCUUCCAGUUCCCCAAGCUGCCUUCGAAGUGACUCUCAACGGGGACAGACACCUGGCCCGCACGCACCCCCCUGUGCGCCCUGGGCAGGGGUGGGGCGCAGGGGGUGCGGCCCACCCCGCCCCCGGCGGCACCCUCGCCCUCCUAGACGCGCCUCCUUCCUCCUGACAAUAGGCCCUGCAGUCCUUUUGUACUGGUUCUGACAGUCUUUUAUUCCAUGUGUGAUUACUUUUUUCUUUUUCUAUAAAGGUUCAACUGAUUUUCCUCAUGCAGCGUUUCCUAAAGACCAUGGCCAGUUUUCUACAGAAGCUAUUUUUGACAACCUCAAGUGGCAUUACAUUUUGCAGUGAAGCAGAGGGACCAGGGGGUGGGGUGGGGGACUUCACAAGUCAGAUUUCUUGAGGGCCUUCUGUUGGAAGCAGGAGAAAUGGGGGUUGGAGGAGGGGUGGCGGGGAGUUGUCUUAAAUCCCCUCCGGAGAACGGCCAGCUGCGGGGUCGGCUGUGCGCGCGCCGGUUCUCUGGAAGGGUCGAGAACUUUGUGCAGGGUGGAUAAUGAACUUGAGCAGCGAUGGAGACCAGUAGCAAGGCAGUCACUUUUAAAAGCAGGAACAAGUGAGAUUUGGCCGCUAGUUUGCUCUGCACUCUCAGAAAAACACACAGUGACAACUGCUCUCUGUGUCAUGCCAGUCUCGAAUGGAAACAUUUCUGUAAAGUUGUGACUUUUCAAAGAGUAAACAGUGUUUUGGUCAGUGAUGGUGUGGAGAAAAUUACAGUAUUGCAUGUGCUUGUGCGUGCCGAUUGAUUGUGGCUUGAGGGUUGGGAGGGCUCCGAGAAGCAGAGUACUGAGUCAGACUUGCUUAGGCAUUUUUUGCCAAUUAAAAAAAAUUAAGAUAAUUUUAUGGAAACGGCUUGUGCUUUGAGAAGCCCAGUUUUAUUCUGUCUUAUGAAACUAAUUUCCACUUUGAAAAUUGUUCUGUUGUUCAUGGUAUAAAUGAAUGGAAUAUGAUGAUACCCUUAUUUCUAGAAGACAAAGCAUUCCCUUAAAAUGUUUGCUAGGAUAAGCUGUGCUGUUCUACUGAUGGUCGUUUUAAAUUAAUAAUGAGAACUAUAAUUUAAAUGACAUUUCUUUGUUAGACAUUGUCAUCUUAGACUGAAAGACUGAAUUCUGCAAGUACUAUAUGAUAUUUUUUGCUUAUAAUGCUACAUUUUUAUUAAUGUACCUUCCGUUUUGAGGAUUUAUAUCUGUAUUUCUCUUUGCAUUAUACAAAUAUACCAGUAUUUUCAUUCUGGA